AUGACUUCUCUCGCCUUGGGGCAUCUGCCCUCGCUGUGGCGACAGCACUUGCUAUCGGAAUUCGCCGGUUUGAAGCAGGCGUGCCCCGAAGGAGUAUUUGUUAGUUUGACUCCUGGUGAUCCGUCGCUUUGGUCAGCGGUGCUUUUCGUUCGUCAUGGCCCCUAUGCUCCGGCUGUUCUCCGAUUUCAAAUCUUGUUUCCCGAUGCCUACCCCCGGGCUCCGCCUCUGGUCACCUUUUCGACCGACAUCUUCCACCCUCUCAUCACUCCUCUGACAACGCACAUGUAUCCUACGAGUGCUGAAACCGACGGGAGCACUGCCGAGAGACCAAGGUUACCUCCUGGGGGCUUCAGCUUAGAGCACGGAUUUCCAGAGUGGUUUGGUGGUUCCGCAGCUGGAAGCCGCCACGGUAGCCGUGAUCGAAGGGGCCCAUCGCCAUCAGCAUCGUCUACCAAGUCAGGACAGUCUUCGAGCGACAAGCCACCGAUGGUACCCCCCAAAGACGACGUGCCGCGGUAUAUGCAGACAGAUCAGAAGACGAUAUCGACAUAUUCCCUGUUAAAGUACAUUCGAAGCUCUUUUGAUAAAGCUGAGGUUCUCGAUGCGGUACCUCUUGCUGCGGCUGGAAACCCCGGAGCUUGGCAUGCGUGGCGCACACAUAGGCGCAAACAAAGAAAGGCGCUUAACGAGAAUAUCAAAAGUAACAGGCUGAGCAGACUAAGUAUUCUCAGUGAUCUGCAGCCAAAGGAGAAUGCCAGCGAGCAGGGUGAUGCCAUUGCGGAGCCUGGGGAAUGGAAUUGGGACGGUGUCUGGGAGGACAGAGUCAAGAAGGGCGUAGCAUCUACCUUGACCGAGUCAGUGCUAUACGGUGCAUCGGGAAUCUCCGACGAUAUGAUUCAUUUCUUGGCGCUGGAGGAGGGAACUAUUGAAGCCGUCAAGGGCAAUCUUCGUCGAACACUGGAUGCCUCGGUAUGA